AUGAAUAGACAGAGCCUACCAACAUUUGUGGACCUCACGGAGGCUUCUGAUCCAAGCUGCCUACCGAAUCAAAAUGGAUCGGAAUCGAGAUUCAAAUACAAAGUUGAUGUCUUCCAGAUUUCACCAACAUACGCGCUGGAAUUGCUGUGCACUGGCAUCGAGAUGCUGGUGUGCCAAACCGCAGAAGAGGCGAGCCAUUUUCAAGCUCCUUCAAGUAUCCGAACCCAAGGAGACAGUAUGUCUAGUGGGGAGUCCACACCGAUAAAAUUCACUGAACUACAUUUUUCCCCAACAAACUAUGAUGGAGUAAGUCGUGAUAUGAUCCAGCAGAGCGUGCUAUCUAAAAGGUUUUUUUCGAAACGCCAACCCCUCGUCACGCUCGAAGAAUAUCUGUUGCGUCUCCACCAGUUCUGUCCGAUGUCUACGGGGGUUUACCUUGCGACAAGCAUGUACAUUAUGCGAAUGGCGACCGUUGAGCGGGUGAUAAAUGUGAGCCGGCGAAACAUGCACCGUCUGGUGCUUGCUGGAAUUCAAGUGGCGAUGAAAACAUUGGAAGAUCUCAGCUAUCCCCAUAGCCGGAUCGCCAAGGUUGGUGGGGUGACUGAGCGUGAGCUUUCCAAGCUCGAGAUUAGUUUUUGUUUCCUGGCAGAUUUCGAAUUACGAGUCGAUGCGAAGACUUUGGUCGACCAAGUAAGGCUACUUCAAGGGCCAGCAGUUCCUUGCGAGGAUCACCCCCAAUGA